CGUCGGGUAAUCACAACAUCAGCUGUUGUGGCCAAGAUGGCGCAUAGCUUGGCAGAGUUGGAGGUUCCUCUGGACGCUGACCAAACUGGGGACCAAGGGAAAGAUGUUUUGAGACGCUGCAGAGGACGGCCCAGGCUCACGGACUCCGACCGAGCUCAGAGGCGUCUUGAGUCACGAAAGAAGUACGAUGUGAGGAGGGUGUACCUGGGAGAGUCGCACAAGCUGUGGAGUGAGCUCCGCCGACGGACCAGUCUGAGUGAUGCUGGACUGGCAGAGUAUCUGAUCCUGCUCAACUCCACAUAUGGAGAAAAAUACCAGCAGAAAUACUGCGGGAAGAAGAUUGCCCCAGAAAUCUCAGUAAAACAGAAAAAAGGCAGGAAGGAUCGUGUGUCCAGCCUCCAGAGUCUGGUGUGUUGGUACCAGGAGCACUCCUGCUCCUGCCCUCAUGAGCCCCAGCUCAAAGCCCUGGAGCCCCAGCCCAACUUUUCCACUGCUGCCAUCUGGCAAUGUGACUCCAACCACUCAUUUGUGCAAUACCUCUUCUCACCACUGAGGGAGGCAAGUGACUCUGAACAUGAGGAGGAAGUAAAUGGAGAAGAGAAUGCAAUAAAAACAGACUUGGUGGCAGCUAAAAGAGCAGUGAGCAGGAGGAAAAGAAAGGAGGCUCACAAACAAUUCAAAGAUAUAGAUGUGGGAGAGAAUGUGGAUGUUUCUGAGGGACAACAUGCAACCAUGAGCCCAAUAGAGGAGGCUGCAGCUCUAAACCACCAGCCCAGUAUAGAAUCUUCCUCCAAGGAUGUUCCACUGACAGGGCAGCCUGUCUGGGAGAUGGAGAUGGUCAUGGAGCGACAGCAAGGCUCCCCAACUGCAGCAUUUCACUCCAUCCCCUCAGAAGAGGUGGCUGAGGAUCUGCGACGAGGCAGAGACGACGGGGAAGGAGGAGGAGAGAGACUCAGAGAGAAGGAAAUCAGGACUAUAUAUGACUGUGUCACAGUGACAGCAUCUGCAGCUGAUAAACUGGAGAAGACGGAUGAGGACUCAGUGCUGUCACAGAGUUUGAGUGACUCUGUCCAGCUGGGCGCUCAGCCGCAGCUGUCAGUCCCACCACCCAUGCAGGUGCAAGAACAGAGUGAGCUGUUUGACCCUCAGACUCUGCAGACGGUAGUGACCAGCUGUGAGAUUCCUGACCAGAGGACGGCUUUGGAAGGCUCACAGUUAAUUAUCAUCACCGGCCCCAGCUAUGAGGCCCUGGCGUCAGAGGGCAUCCAGCUCAACAUGGGCGGCGGAAAUGUGGAGGAAGUCACCUGCACUGUCAUCGGGGGCGUCACCUACAACCAAGUCUGUUCGUGUGACUCAAAAAUCAGCACAGCAGAGGACGAAGACUCCAUGACAGGUUUGAGUGACAAACAGCUGCUGCAGCCAACUGUUGAUGCUCUGGAGCUGAGUGGUGACAGAGAGCUGCAGAGGAGUCUGAGCAGUGUCAGGUCAAAGAGAAACAGACGAGGCCCUGUCAUUGAGGCUGAUGGGAUGCUCAAGAUGUUCCACUGUCCGUACGAGGGCUGCAGUCAAGUCUAUGUUGCUAUUAGCAGCUUUCAGAAUCACGUGAACCUGGUUCACAGGAAAGGGAGGACCAAGGUUUGCCCCCAUCCAGGCUGUGGAAAAAAGUUCUACUUGUCAAACCAUCUGCAUCGCCAUAUGAUCAUCCAUUCAGGGGUAAGAGAUUUCAUCUGUGAGACAUGUGGAAAAUCAUUUAAGAGGAAGAAUCACCUGGAGGUUCACAGGCGGACUCACACUGGAGAAACACCACUUCAAUGUGAAAUUUGUGGCUACCAGUGUCGCCAGCGUGCAUCCCUGAACUGGCACAUGAAGAAGCACACUCCAGAAGCCCACUACAACUUCACCUGUGAGUUCUGUGACAAGAGGUUUGAGAAGCUGGACAGUGUUAAAUUCCACAAGCUAAAGAGUCACCCAGACAAGCAGGCAACCUGAAGUGCUCAAGUACUGCUCACAGGAGCUAAACAAAUACAAGUUGGCCCUUGGAAGCCAAAGGAAGACUUCCAGUGAGGAGGAAGGCUUUGCUUCACUGUGGCUGUCUUGCUUCUCGUGUCAAGGUUGAUAUGUACAUUGCCUGUGAACACACAAGCAGUGGAUAAAGGCAAAAGUGGAACCACUCUAACAGCUGUGCAGGACACAGCGGUAAAAAAAAGCUUAAUCCACUGUUGAGUAAUGAUGUCCAACUGACAACUCAUCCAGUCCUGGUUAAACAACCAUAACUAGGCUUGGCAGCUGUUUCAAGCUAUGGAUUUCUCUCCAUGUUGAAGUGAAUGGCUGUAGUAAGAGUGAUGCUCUGUAUAUAAGAAUUUUUUUUUUUUUUUUUUUGCUUUUCCAAAGCCCAAAUCACAAGAGUCCGUUCUUAUGUAAGCUACAAAUGUUAGCAUGGCCAGCUAACUAGCUUACUACCCAUUGUAGUUUUGAAAGAUGCUGUAGGCAUUUUAUAGUACAUUAUUAUGGGGUUACAGGUUACAAGUUUAAAAAGGCCCCAUUUACAAUUGACAUAUCCACUGUGUAAAAUUCCCCACCAUUUGGGAGCUGGUCCAGAACGCUGCUAUCUUAAUUAGGCUAAUGUUAGCGGCUCUGUCCUGCUCAGUACUGGGUCUUGGAAAGUUAACACUCUAGCACCCCUGGCCAGUCUUAUCCAAGAUUGUAUUAUGUUCUCCAAACACAUUGUUCAAUCCUCAUUGUAAAAGCCUUUUCUCUUUAUGAUGUUUAAAGUAAAAGGCAAUUUGUAAAAUGUGAGCAAAAACAGAAGUAGCAAAAGUAACCUCAGUCUUGCCUGAGUGUGUAAGCUAAGCAGCUAAAGGACUUACCAUACUUAAAAUAUUAGGAGCUCUUAAUUGCAAUACAAGAACAAUGCUGUUUCUUUAUUAUCUUGUCUUCCACAGUGUUAGUUUCAGUCUUUUCAUGUAUGUAGCCAACAAAUUUAUAUGACCCUUUUGCAGCAUUUUUGUGUUAAACGAAAUCAGUUUGAAGCGUUAAAAAGUCGAUGAGAGAGUUGACGGGACAGUGUUUUCAGCAACUUGUGGACCUUACAUUAGCUAGCUUAAGUAGCUAGCUAGUUAGAGUUGAUUAAAUCUUUCAGCACCAGUUGUCAUGUCAGCUGGCAAAAUCAAUGGUCGUUAGCUAGGAUGAGAAGUCUGCUUUUUUCUACCUCUGUCUGAAAUCAACAAUCCACUGUUUCAAAAAUUACUAAGAAUUUUGAAGAGUAAAUCUGUCACUACUCCCAUGGUAAAGUGCAUGAACACAUACUGAACACAGGCGGGUGGGGAUGAGGGGGUUUAGAGACGGGUCAUUUAAAUGUUCGAUAGAAAAUAUUUUUCAUUAAAGGAAAAAAUUCUGUUGGCUUUGCAAGUUUGAAAACAACAUUUGUAUUAAAUUGGUUAACAUGGAAAACACUGGUAUGGUCCUUUAAAGAUUAAGCAUGAUUUAAAUAUUAUUGUUCAGCCUACUAGGACAACACCAAGAAAGAUUACUAAUGACAACCAGUGUGGUGGGUUAAGAUAUUACUACGUACAGUAUGUGUGUUAAAUGUAAGGCUGUGACACUGACUGUUGUGUGCUAAGCACUAUGCUGGUUGUAGUGAAACAAAUGUAGGUUCUUUCAUUGCAGUCACUGAAAUUUGAGCAUCCGUUGUGUAGGCCAGGAAAGCGGUCUUACAUUUUCCUGUCGUCUGUUUUCACCAUCCCACCGUCCUGACUCACAGGCACAGAUGAGAAAUCCUGCGAGUUUAAUGUGACAACUUCUCAGGAAAGUUCACCUCAGUCCUCUUGUGUUCUGUCUGUGUUUUAGUCUCGAAGUAAAUGCACUUUUCUCUCCUCUGUCAGUUUUGUUAACUGAUGAAUCACUAAAAUAUAUGAAUAUGACUUGUA